CUCUGUUAAGCAUCUAUAAUUACUUCAAAAGGAAUUUAAGGCGAAUUUUGGAAUUUAAUUGUUGUCAUUUUGGUUAUUCAAGAGUAUAAAAGGUUAUACAUAACACAUUUAUGGAGAAUUGCAGAUUCUGUCUUUAUUAUGACAUGUCUUUUCUUUUGAAUUAAAGAGAAGUAAUGCAUGAGGAAAAAGCAUAUUAUGUUUCUUGUUGUUUGUUUAUAAAUGCUACCAGCAUUCCAACAUUGCAAGAUGUUUACCUUUUUGCAUUCAGAUUAGGAAGUAAUGUUUCUUGUUGAGUGGUUUGUGUUUUUUCUAUGUGUUAUUUGGUAUGGUUUGAAAUGGUUGGUGUGCAUGUGCUUGGCUUCCUUUCCUCUUCGUGGCUGCAUUGUGGGUGGGUGUGUGUGGCAAUGGAUCAAUAGGUUGCACUAACAACAAUUAUGCAUCAAGAGAAAAGUGCAAAAAGUGUGGGCAACCAAAGGAGGUAGCAGCUAUGCCAGCGAUUGCAAUGCCUGGAGCUUCUCUUCCAACUUUUUCACACUAUUUUGCCAGUGUCUCAGGAGCACCAGAACAAAAUAUGACUCUCGGGUUCACUGGCAAUGGUGCUCCCGAGCAGUCAGUUCCCUUGAGCUCCAACUGGCAUGUAUACAAAGAGACUGCUAAGUAUGGAAGUCUGUCAACUUCUAAUUGGCCUAUUGGCAGAGUCCAAAGUUCUGGGCUUCCAUAUGUGAGUCCUGCUAACCAGCCUCUUUCUGUUCCCAAAGGAUGGAGAAAUGGUGACUGGAUAUGCAAUUGUGGCUUCCAUAAUUACUCUUCACGUUCCCAGUGCAAAAAUUGCAAUGCUUCUAUGCCACCAGCAAUUGGGACCAAGAGGUUAGCAUCUGAAGAGCCUGUGCAUGACUGGGAUAACAAAAGAUUGAAUUCAGGACCUGCUACUGGACAGGAGCAACCAUUUCCAGGAGUUAACCAAGCAAUAGGGACCUCAGCUGAGCCCAAACUAGCAAUAUUAGCUCCCUAUCCCAGUGUAAGCUCUGGUGUAGCCCCCAAUUGGCAGGCAACCAUGCCAUUUCCACAUCAAGCUAUGAUCCCAACACUUAUAGGGAAAGGGGCAAAGCAAUGGCGUAAUGGAGAUUGGAUGUGCACGAAGUGCAACAAUCACAAUUAUGCAUCUCGAGCUCAAUGCAAUAGGUGCAAGACAGAGAGAAAUAUCAUUACUUAGCCAUUAAAUGCGUGAGGUCUCCAGAUUUUUGGUACAGAGGAAGGCUUUAGAUUGUCAUAGGUUAUUCAAGCACCUUGCUGAGUUUCACCUUCAGUUCUGUUAUAUGUCAUACGGUUGAAAGAAGUGCAGGUCAGUUACAAGAUAGAAAUUUUAUACCAGAUAGAGAGUUUUAGUGAUGCUUUGAUAGUAAAUCAUAUGGUUUUGAUUUCCAUUUCUUGUAUAAAAGGUAGCUUUGAGUUCAUUUUAGCUGGCAAUUGAUACGGCAUCGAGUUAUUCCUUCUAUC